UAUACAGUCUGUGGUAGUUAGGUUUUUUUUGUCGAGGUGAAGAGAGGCAGAGAUGUAUCUUGCUGUGAUACCUUAGCUUGGAGCUUUGAAAGGCUGCGUCGAGUUAAGUUACGUCUGCUGCUUAUGGUCCGUACAUCUACCUAAGUGGUAUGUCCAGCUUAGAUGUAAAGAAUAGGCGCACAUUUUAGCGUGACAGUCUUAAGGUGUAAUUUGGAUGCUACCAUCUAUCAUGGAAAACACCACUGAUGACUACAGGAUCCAGUCAUUUGACCUGGACACACAGAUGUUGCUGAAAACAGCCUUGAAAGAUCCAAGUUCAGUGAACCUGGAGAAGGUAUCCGAUAUCAUCAUGGAUCAGUCGUUAAAGGACCAGGUGUUCAGCAAAGAAGCUGGACGCAUCUGCUACACCAUCGUGCAGGCCGAGGCCAAGCAGAACAAUGGAAAUGUGUUCAGGAGAAAUUUGCUGAACCGGCUCCAGCAGGAGUUCAAGAACCGCGAGGAGACGAGGGGGCGCUCGUUGCAGGAGUGGGUGUGCUACGUCUCGUUCAUCUGUAACAUCUUUGACUACCUCAAAGUGAACAACAUGCCGAUGGUGGCUCUGGUGCAUCCUGUGUAUGACUGUCUGAUCCGGCUGGCCCAACCAGAUGCUCUAAUGAAUGAGGAGGAGGUGGACUGUUUGGUGCUGCAGUUGCAUCGCAUCGGAGAGCAGCUGGAGAAGGUGAACAGCCCGCGGAUGGACGAGCUGUUCUUCCUGCUGCGGGACGGCUUCCUGCUACAGGAGGGCCUCACCUCCAUGGCCCGUCUGCUGCUGCUGGAGAUCCUGGAGUUCAGGGCUGGAGGCUGGCUGCUCAGCAGCACCGCCCACAAGUACUACUACAGUGAAAUAGCCGAUUAGGAUUGUUGCGAAGACAAGGGUGCUGGGCAGCUGUGUUUGCAGGUGUGUUACCCAACCUUCAAGCACCUUGGAUACCUCUCCUUAGGCGCCCCCCCCCCGAUUAUUAAAAAAAAAAAAAAAAACAGCAAAUUCAUGAAGGACAAUCCUGCAGGUUUUGAGAAGAUGGCGGUUCAUCAACUGUAAAAAGACUUUUUGAUUUUGCUGGGUUGUUCCAUGCGUUUGAUAAUAUUACUGAGACAUGGUGCAGUGGAUGUGGAAUGUGCAAUAGUUCACAAGGUGUUGAAGUUAAGUUAACAAGGUUUAGCCACAUUCAGGUACACUUUGUUUGAUGUUUGUUGAAGUUUGAUUACAGCUAAAGAGGCUGAAGAUUUUUUAUUUUUUUUUAAAUUGACCUUGCAGGCAUUCCUUUUUUGAGAAAACAUUUUAAAGUCCAACUUAUUUUUUUUUUUUACCAAAUCCAAAAGGACUUGGGACAGACAUUCCAGUCAGAUGCAAGCUGAUUUGGUCCUUGCUUUACUUUUUAUUGUUGUGUGACCAACUUUAAUUAAAAAUCUAUAUUUUAAUUAUUUAGUUAAAUAUUUUUCAGUGUAGAAUUGACAUUUUUACAAAAGGUUUGAAAUGCAGUUCAGAGGACUUUUCUUCCUAUUUGUCCUGUAGGAUUCCUGUGUUACUGUUAGGUUAUAUUAUGUUACAUGUGUAAAAUGCAGUACAGUGUUUGUUUCUUACUUCAGGGACUUUUUAUUUUUUUAUUUUUAUGGCUCAACUUAUAAAUAGACCAAGAGAUUGGUUCAUAAUUAAACUAUGUUUCUACAGAUAAGUCAAUCAGAUAUUCAAUACAUUUCUGCAAUCACAAGUUUCAUUUGUUAAACAACUCGUGCCAAAUUAUAACAGCAUCAUCUAAUACUUGUUAACAAAGCCUAAGCCCUUAUCUUGUUUGUAGUUGAGGAGCUGGAGGACAGUGGUGGAAGAAGUACUAAUGCCACAAAAGUAGCAUUGCCACAGUAAAAGUACUCAUUAUGAAGAAUGACACAUUUCAUAUUACUGCAUUCUUACUAUUAAUGCAUUGAUAUGUAAAUACUUUGCAUUUAAUAUUGCAGCUGGUCAAGGCAGGGCUCUUUUAAAUUACUUUAUAACUGCAGGGUAGCUUGUGAAUUUCCCCUCAUGGGAUGCAUUAAGUUCUAUUUGUUGAUCAUAUUUUGUAUUAUUAGUCUGAAGCUGCAUAUUAACUUUAACUAAAGCUGUCAAAUGUAUGGCAGUAAAAAAAAAAAACCACUGCCGGAGGAGUAGGUAUUUAUCUUCUCUUCACAUAUCAGGAGUAUAAUGCUAGUAGAAUUUGUAGUAGUUUUCCUUUGAAUUUAGCACCACCAGCACUAGCUACACUACAGUAUGUAGCUGAGCUCAGAUUUGCAUUGGAGUCUUUAGUUACCUUUUAAGAACCUCAGUGAUGGCUUUACAGUCCUCAACCAAAGCUGUGCCUUGGAUUCCGACAGACACAAGCAAAGGAGACACGUCAUGUGGCUAAAAUGUUACAUCUCUUUGAAAAGGCAUUGUUUAAGAAGCUGUACUUGUAAUUAUAUGUAAAUAAGUAAAGCUUAAUAUAAAAAUUGGCAGACAAAUCAACCUCUGAUCAAUUCAGACAAAGAAUCCUCAUGUUAGAAAAUAAUUUGAUUAAAAGCCCAGGCAUGGUAAGGAUUUAGGAAAUUGUGUAAGAUUUCACCAAAUCCUUUUUUUCUUUUUAUUAUUUGUUUGAAGAUUUCUAUACAAGCUUUGGUAUUUUUGAACACCUUCAGACUAAAAACAAACUGAUGUAAAAUGGGUUUAAUAAUGCAUUACACUGAUCAUAAAGAGUUAAAUUAAAAGUUUGAACGCUGUAGACACCAAUAUUCCCUUAUUGACAGGGUACAGUACUGACUGCAAUAUCUAUUUAUGUAUUUUAUUACAUUUUUACUUUACUCAAUUCCAUUUUGUAUGGUUGGGUUGAACAAUUAAUGAUGAUGUAUUUCUUCUAAUAAAUCUUGGAAGAUUUUC